AUGCUUCUUCCCAAGGGUGGUGUAACGUGGAAGUCGGCCAGAGCUCGACUCCCUCCUUGGAGGGCCGUCGUAGUCCUCACACGGCCGCGAUUCUUGAUAUCCCUCGCCCUUACAGGGAUUCUGAUUUUAUUAUGGCGUGGCAUUAGCAAAUCGGCAUCUGGGAUGCAAAGUUUCUACUGCUACGGCCCUUCAAAAUCGCCAAUGGAAAUGAGCAUCAACGAGAUGGUUGCCUGGAAUGCACACACGCAGACCCCUGUGACCUUCAAUCACCACGAGCCCUACUCUGUCAACGAGAGCACGAUCCAUAACAUCGACCUCAACCCCAUCCAGUCUACUCCUCAAGCCGUUGAGAAGAAGGAGCGCGUGCUCAUCCUCACCCCCCUGAGAGACGCUGCGUACCAUCUGCCCAACUACUUCAAUCUCCUCCAUAAUCUGACAUAUCCCCAUGAUCUCAUUGAUCUGGCCUUCUUGGUUGGCGACUCGUCGGAUGAGACCCUCUCUCUUCUCAGCUCGGAGCUGACCCGAAUCCAAUCGCAAACGGAAGACAAGGUCGCUUUUCGCAGUGCGACCAUCAUCCAGAAGGAAUUCAAUGCCGACACUGGAAUGAAUAUCGAGGAUCGGCACGCCUUCGCGUCCCAGGGACCUCGCCGUAAGGCUAUCGCUCGGGCUCGCAACUACUUGCUUUACUCUGCUCUCAAGCCUGAGCAUUCUUGGGUGUACUGGAGAGAUGUUGAUAUCUCUGACAGCCCUCCGACUAUUCUGGAAGACUUUAUUGUUCACAACAGGGAUAUCCUUGUUCCUAAUAUCUGGUUCCAUCGGUACAAGGACGGUCGCGAUAUCGAAGGUCGCUUCGACUAUAACUCGUGGAUUGAAUCUGAUAAGGGCCGCAGAUUGCGUCAGACUCUGGACCCAAACACCAUUCUUGCUGAAGGAUACGCGGAAUACGACACGGGUCGGCAAUACCUUGUCAGCAUGGGUGAUUGGAGAAACGACAAGGACAAGGAGGUUGAGCUCGAUGGUAUUGGUGGUGUCAACAUUCUGGUCAAGGCGGAUGUUCAUCGUUCAGGCAUCAACUUCCCACCCUACGCAUUCGAGAACCAGGCAGAAACGGAAGGAUUCGCGCGUAUGGCCAAACGAGCUGGCUACGAGGUGUACGGCUUGCCCAACUACAUUGUGUGGCAUGUUGACACCGAAGAAAAGCCCGGUAACCUUGGGGAUCGCAAGGCAUACUAA